AAGGCAGCGAUGGCGGCGGCGGGCCGGGAGCAGGGACGGGGCCGGGCACGCUUCGUCUACGUGACUAGCUUCGGCUCGCACCGGUGCGGCGCCGUCCUUCAGCUGGGCGGCCGCUGGGCUCAGGGUCUGUGUAGGCCCGGGUUCGGGGCCGGCCGCAGCCGGGAGGAGCCGCGGGCGGCUGUGCCGGGGGCCGCGGGCGGCGGGGAGCUGUGCCCCGGCUCCCCGCCCAGGGACCCCGCGGCCUCCUCUCCGGCGCGGGCGUUGAGCUCGCGGAGCCGGCCUCGUCAGGAGGCACAUGCAGGUUUAACCCAGAAGAAUUUAGCUAAAAAGUUUGGCUUCCCCAUACCUUUGAAUGAAGCUUCCAAAAUAAUGAAGAAAAAGAAAAAGGUUUCAGUAUGGAAUGAAGUAUACAAAGUCAUUUCUAAAAUGCUUGAAGAAAAUGAAAACUACAGACUUAGGCUGAAAUGCCAACAAUUAUGUAGUGAAAAUUCAAAUUACACAAGAUGAAUCUUCUUGUCAUCUUCUGGUAAGAAUCCACUUAGAUAACAAAAGGGUUAACCUAUUUUUGGAUCUGUUUACCAAAGAAGAUUAUGAAGAGUUUAAAGAUGGAACUUUAAAUUGAAUCAUAAUUAUAUGUUAAUUUUGAUGUGUUUUGUUGGAA